AUGGCAUACCGCCAUGUCCUCCCGGUCAUAUCCACAGCAAUUGCUGGUCCUGGUCCUUCCACCAUAACACGAUAUUUGAACUCUUCCGUCAGACGGCCUCUCCUAACUUCGACACCUCUUUGCCCAGUUCUUCCUUGCACACGGAUAGCGGUAUCCCGCCGAUGGUCCAGUACACAAUCCCCUCUACCCAUCUCAGAGAAGAAUAAGGAUCUGGAUGACUCGCCUCAUAGUUCAAGCUCAGCCAACGAAAAACUGGCAGCGGAAGGAAAGGGAACGGGUUUGCCUAUUCCUGAAGGGGUAGCUACUGCCUCGACUUCUUGCUCAGGAACUGGUUCUAUAGCAGGACAGAACUCAUCAUCAAAUCCUUCAACGCUUUCCGAACCUUCCGAACUUUCUGAUGAAUCCCGGCGAAACGGACAUGCAGCUUCAGAAACAACUUCACAAUUACCGAAUUACCCAACUCUCCCUUCCUCUACUUCAACCUCCAAGUCCUCCAACUCUUCCCUUGAAUCCAGCUCUCCGUCUCCUUUUUCGACCUCACAAUCUCUCAGGUUACCCUCCUCGAUAUCCCUACCGCCAGAAGUCCGAGAACGUCUGACCGAGUGGUCUACUACGGUCUUACAGCAUUCCAAAAGAGUAGCCAAAGAUGCGCAGAAAGGCUUGAUGGACUUGGGAUUGAGAGUGAAUGAGAUGACGGGGUAUAAGGAGGUAGAGAGGCUGAAGGGAUUAGUGUUUGAAAAAGAGGACAGUCUUCAAAAACUGCGUGAAUCUGCUCGUUCCGCCAAAUUGGCAUAUGACGAAGCAGUCUCUACCCGAUCCAACGCUCAGCGGGACGUCAAUACUUUGUUGGAACGUAAACAUUCAUGGGACGAUUCCGACGUGUUACGAUUCACCCAUCUCGUCCGUCAAGAUCAUUCGUCCUCGCAUGCAGUGUUGAGGACGUCGAGCGAAAUGAAAGAAGCAGAGAUGAAAGUUGAUAAAGCUUUCAACGAAUUGAUGCAAACUAUCUUACAGAGGUACCAUGAAGAACAAGUUUGGUCAGAUAAGAUACGUAGUGUAUCUACCUAUGCGAACUUGUUGGGUUUGGCAUUGAAUGCGAUUAUCUUCCUUGGGGCGAUAGUCAUUGUUGAACCGUGGAAGAGAAAGAGGUUGGUGAACAAGUUGGAAGAAAGGAUGAGUGAUAUGAUGUUGAAAGUGGAAAGUGGAUUGAAAGGUUUAGAAACUAAAUUACAUGAAGGGACGGUCAGAGGGAAUGUGACGAUUGGUGAUUUUGAGAUGGUACAUCCUGUAACCAAUGAGGUUUUACCUAUAACACGGCCAAAUUCGCCAACAAGCAUGCCGACAAUAGAAGAUAGGGCGAUAAAGGAUGAUCCUUUCCCGAUCGAUCUACCUUCAGAGAUAGCUGCACCACCUUUGGAUCCCCUUAUCCCCUCUACAUCGACAUCGACUGUGCCGAUGUUUGAGCCCAUAAUCCAAACUCGAAUAGAAGGCUUACCACCUUACCUAAACGUCAUUACUCAACCUUCGCAAGAAAGGGAUAUGGCAAUAGCUGGGAUGGCCGGCGCAGCAAUGAUGGGACUAGUCAUCACCUUGGGGAAAUGGAUUUUCUCAUGA